GCCCUCGCUCUCGCUCACACUCUCCUUUCUCCACAGGGCAGAUCAGACUCCAUCUGAACCACUUCAGUCAGUUUGGGAGCUCUCGGGCACCUCCGUACAGUAACUUGCACGAACUGAUCUUACAGGUGUGUGCAUCCAGCGUGCCUUUUCGAACUGCACCUGUACAGUGUCAUGUGAUGAAAGUUCUUGGGCGUGGAAAAGUUCGCUUGGUUUGACCGUUGGAUUUCUGCCCUAGUUCUAUUCUCGCGUUUCCAGGAUUAUACGCUGUGAUUUCUCGCCUUUUGACGCCCCAAAGGAAUGUUGUUUUUCUCUUAAAACCACAAAGAGGACGAAGGGAGAAUGAUGUGAACUUUCUUAUUCAUCCACACCGACUUGGAAAUUAAUUAUUGGUUGCUGUUUGCUUAUCAUUGGAGAGGGAAAAAAAGGUCUCCCACGUACGUCGCGCGAACGUAGAACUGUCUUCAGCGAAAGGCCUCCGGAACCCUGUUGGAACGCUCCGGAACCCCGUUGGAUCCCUCCGGAACCGGAGCGCCGGGCCCCGCCCCGCUGUAGCGCAGGACAGAACCUCAGGACAGAACCUCCUGCCAAUCAGUGCCAAGAGUCACAUUCCCUUUUCUCUUGAGCCAGCCGGGGAGCGUUCCAGCGCUAAGUGGAUCCAACCCCACGGAACAGAGAUGGCGCUGUGUGUCCUAGCAGGGCUGCUGUUGUCCCUCAUCAGCAUCAUCAGCAGCAGUAGCGGUGACACCUCCAGAUCCUUCUCCUCCAAGACCCUCAUCAACAACCUGGUCCAGGACCCCAGCACGGGCCGCGUCUACGUGGGCGCCAUCAACGCCCUCUACCAGCUGGACGCCACCCUGACCCUGGAGCGCCACCGUGAGAUGGGCCCCUACAAGGACAGCCCCCAGUGCACGCCGCCCAUCACCAGCUCCUGCCAAGACCCCAAAGACACCAACAACCACAACAAGCUGCUGCUGGUGCACCCGUCCAACGGGAGCCUGGUGGUGUGCGGGAGCGUGUUCCGGGGCAUCUGCUCGCUGGUCAACCUGACGGACGUGCAGCAGGAGCUCUACUACAGCGACAGCAAGGGGGAGAAGACCUACGUGGCCAGCACGGAGGAGAGCGUGACGGUGGUGGGGGUGCUGUCGUCGUACACCCACGACGGCCACAAGCUCAACGCCUUCCUAGUCGCCAAGGGCUACGGCACGUUCGACGGCUCGAAGCUGAUCAGCACGCGCGUGCUGGAGGAGUUCCGCGACUGGGUGGUGUUCGAGAACAUCGUGGAGGCGUCGACGGUGCAGGCGGGGCCCUUCGCGCAGCGCUACGGGCACGACUUCCGGCACGCCUUCAAGGACAGCGGCUUCGUCUACUUCCUGUUCUCGCGCACCGCCGGCACCGGCGGUGCGGCCAACUUCACCUUCGUGGCGCGCCUGUGCGAGAACGACAGCCACUACUACUCCUACACCGAGCUGCAGCUCAACUGCAGCCAGUCCAACCUCUACAACAAGAUCCAGGCGGCCCACCUGGCCCCGGCCGGCGCGGAGCUGGCCCGGGACCUGACCGCCAGCGGUGAGCACGGCCCCGUGGAGCCCGCGGACCUGGUGGUGUACGCCGUCUUCAGCGCGGACGAGGUCGCGGUGGGAGAGAGAGAGAAAUCCUCGUCGCUCUGCUUGUAUCCACUGAAGAGCAUCAACCGGGCACUCAAGAGGGUCAUCAGUGCCUGCUACAACAACAGGGGCCUCAUCGACGAGAAGGUGGCCGUCUACUCCCCCUACGUCACCAAGGAGGACAACCCCUGCAAGACCAAUGAAUACACGCAGAAGGACCUGGCAGACAACUACAACUGCGGCGAUGAGUUCCUGCCGUCCCCUCUGGCUGGCAAGCCCGAGUUCGCCCUCUUCGCCAAGGAGGCCUUCAACCGCUCCGGCCCCCUCACCGCAGUGGCAGUCGCCGUGGAAACCAAUCACACGGUAGCGUUCCUGGGCACCAAAGGCGGCGAGGUGCUCAAGGUGCACCUGACAAGCAGCCCAUACUUCUAUGGGAGACUGCUUGAAGACGCCACUGGGGAGAAGAUCAACAAGAACAUGUUUUUCGACCGAAAGCAGGACCAUCUCUACAUCACCUCUGAGAAGAUGAUCACCAUGGCUCCAGUGCAGGCGUGCCACCUGAAGACAGACUGCCUGUCCUGCAUGGCUCUGAGGGACCCCUACUGCGGCUGGUGUGUGCUGGAGGGCAGGUGCACGAGGAAGGGGGAGUGUGUGAAAGCGGACGAAGAGAACGCUUGGCUCUGGAGUCCCCAGCAGAAGUGUGUGACCAUCCAGGCCUUCAUCCCACCCAACAUCAGCUGCAAGAAGACACAACAUGUGGUCAUCGACGUCCCCGCCCUCCCCUGGAUUGAGUCGUCUGAUUGUCCGGUUUGUAAGUUUGGGGAUUUAGAGCAGUCUGCCGUCGUCACGGGAACUCAGGUUAACUGCAGCCUGCCAGAGGUUUACCAGAUCCCACCCACGCCAGCCAAUCAAGACUAUGUGGCGGUGCCGGUGAGGAUCCUGUUGACCUUUUGUAAGGCUGGCCAUGAAGUGGAGGUGGCGGUCAGUGAGUUCCAGUUUUACAACUGUGCUGAUGUGGUGAAGAACUCAGAAGACACACCGUGCAUGGCGUGUGUGACCAGUCAGUGGGGUUGCCAGUGGAACACCAUGGACCACACCUGCAGUGACAGCACUGACACUGAUGGGGGCGCUCACGUCAUCAAACACCAGCAGGGGGAGAGCUGCCCUCAGUUUGAGAACCCCCUGCCCCUGCUCAUCCCCGUGGGCAUCAAGACGCCCAUCACCUUCACGGGCAAGAACCUGGACGUCUACAGGGGCAAAAGCUUCAAGAUCGGCACUGACCUCAUGAAGCAGGUGGAGGAGGUGGUCACCCAGGAUGUGGGGUCAAAGUUCAACUUCAGUGGAUACGAGUUCUCCUUUGAUAAAUCUCAAGAGGUGAACGUGACGUUCCACAUUAAGGACAAAGCGUCGGAGAAGAAGAUCGACAGUACUCUGCAAGUGGUCCUGUAUAACUGCUCAGUGGGGCGUGAGGACUGCAGCCUGUGUAAGAAUGCGGAGGGGAAGUACGGGUGUGUGUGGUGCGCCACCACGCGCUCCUGCAUCUACAGGGACCUGUGUCUGCAGGAGGAGCAGCAGUGCCCCGCUCCCAAGAUCACUGAUAUCCUCCCUCGCUUCGGACCCUUGAAUGGAAACAUAUCGGUCACCAUCAAGGGCUCCAACCUGGGCAUCAAGUGGGAGGACAUCAAGAGCAUCACAGUGGCAGGGGUUCCCUGCAUCCAGCAGAGGGACAAAUACUCAGUCUCCACAAGUGUGGUGUGUGAGAUCGGACCAGUGCGUCGACCUGCUGAUAGGGAGGUACUCGAAAAGCAGGGGGGCGUGGAAGUGGAGGUGGAAGGAGGUCGCAAGGGGACGUCUGAAGUGCUCUUCACUUACCGGGACCCCCAGCCCAGUGCUGUGACCCCAGACAAAGGGCCCGCUGCUGGGGGAACCGUCAUCACGAUCGUGGGCAGGGACCUAGACACGGCCUCACAGCACGAUAUCAGCAUCACAGUGGGAGACGUACCCUGCACAGUGCUGUCCUUUGGGAAGGACAUCACCUGUAGGACAGGUAAGUACACUGGCCAGAAGAUCCCCACCGCCCGCCUCAAGGUCACCGUCAGGUACGGCAUGAACACCGUCAAAGACGUACUCUCCAGCUUCCACUACGCCGAAGACCCCAAGGUUCUGGACUUCUAUCCUCGAACCAGCUUUGUGUGUGGAGGCCGGAACAUCACCGUGACUGGCGCUGGGUUUGAUCUGAUCCAGAGCGCCACUAUGCUGGUGAUGCCCUCUAAAGACGAGGCCUCCAACCAGAGCGGUUCCGUUAGGUUCUUCGAAGAGGUUCUAAGUAAGAAUGACACGGUUCUGUUGUUCCGCUCCCCGGCGGUGAACCAGACCCACGACAUCCAGUCCCUUAGAACCGUGAUCCAGCUGGACAACAUGGAGGAGAAGCUCACCGCGUUCCACUACCACCCAGACCCCGUGUUUGAUGAGCUCACCAAGAACAUCAUCUCCGAGACCAGCAUCAUCAGUGUCUCUGGCCGGGGGUUCUCCAAGGCCAUGACGGCCCGAGAGGCGGAGGCGUAUGUGGGGGACGUCAAGUGCAACAUCACCAUCCUCAACGACGACAAGCUCUUCCUGGAGGCCCCGUCCACCCACCCCACGGCUCGCUCACGCCACAGGCGGCGCAGGGACAGCGGCUCACAUCCUCUGGAUCUGACGAUUAAGUUUGGUAGCGGUGAAUGGGUGGUGGGGUCGGUGCAGUACGAGACGAAGUAUGAGGCUCCCCUGGCCGCCAUCAUCCCCGGAGUCCUCAUCCCCAUGGUGCUCUUCAUCAUCUUCUCAGUCUACUGCUACAGGAGGAAGAGCCAGCAGGCAGAGAGGGAGUAUGAGAAGGUCAAACACCAACUGGAGAACUUGGAGGAGAGUGUGCGAGACCGCUGCAAAAAAGAAUUUACAGAUCUGAUGAUUGAAAUGGAGGAUCACACUAAUGACCUGAGUGAGGCUCGUAUCCCCUUCCUGGACUAUAAGAACUACACGGACCGUGUCUUCUUCCUCCCCUCCAAAGAUGGUGCCAACGACGUCAUGGUCACGGGCAAGCUGGACAUCCCUGAAGCCCGCAAGGCCAUCGUGGCUCAGGCCCUCAACCAGUUCUCCAACCUGCUCAACAGCAAGACCUUCCUCAUCAAUUUUAUCCGCACCCUGGAGAGCCGGCCAGACUUUAAUGCGCGGGCGCGCGUCUAUUUCGCCUCCCUCCUGACGGUGGCGCUGCACGGGAAGCUGGAGUACUACACCGACAUCAUGAGAACGCUACUGCUGGAGAUGAUGGAGGAGCACGUGCAGAGCAAGAACCCCAAACUCAUGCUGCGCAGGUCAGAGACUGUGGUGGAGAGGAUGCUCUGCAACUGGAUGUCCAUCUGCCUGUACCAGUUCCUCAAGGAUACGGUCGGGGAGCCCCUGUACAAGCUGUUCAAGGCCAUCAAGCACCAAGUGGAGAAGGGGCCGGUGGACGCCAAGAUGAAGAAGGCCAAGUACACGCUGAACGACACGGGGCUUCUGGGAGACGACGUGGAGUACUGCGUGCUGACCCUGCAGGUUCUGGUGCACGGUGAAGGUCCAGACGUGACCCCGGUGAAGGUUCUGAACUGCGACACGAUCUCCCAGGUGAAGGAGAAGAUCAUCGAACAGGUGUACCGCAACCUGCCCUACUCCCAGAGACCCAAGGUGGAGAGUGUGGCCCUGGAGUGGCGCCCUGGCUCCACAGGGCAGAUCCUGUCUGACAUGGACCUGACCUCCCAGAAAGAGGGCCGCUGGAAGAGACUCAACACCCUGGCCCACUACAACGUGCGAGACAAUGCCACACUGGUGCUGUCCAGAGUCCUUCACACUCAGCAGUCCUUUCAUCAGAACCAGGACAACCACGAGGAGCGCAACGCUCUUCUGGAGGAUGAUAAGGUGUUCCAUCUGGUUCGGCCUGCGGAUGAGAUGGACGAUGUGAAGUCCAAGAGGGGCAGCAUCAAGGACAAGGCCACCACCAAAGCCAUCACCGAGAUCUACCUGACCAGACUGCUCUCUGUCAAGGGUACACUGCAGCAGUUCGUGGAUGACUUCUUCCGCAGUGUGCUGUGCUCAGAAUCCGUGGUGCCUCCCGCCGUCAAGUACUUCUUCGACUUCCUGGAUGAGCAGGCGCAAAAACACGACAACGUGGACGAGGAGACGAUACACAUCUGGAAAACGAACAGUCUGCCUCUGCGCUUCUGGGUGAGCAUCCUGAAGAACCCCCACUUCAUCUUCGAUGUGCACGUGGCCGAGGUGGUGGACGCCUCGCUCUCCGUCAUCGCCCAGACUUUCAUGGACGCCUGCACCAAGACCGAGCACAAACUCAGCAGGGAAUCGCCAAGCAACAAGUUACUCUAUGCAAAGGAGAUCUCCACGUAUAAGAAGAUGGUGGAUGAUUACUACAAGGGCAUCAGACAGAUGGUACCAGUGAGUGACCAGGACAUGAACACACACCUUGCAGAAAUAUCACGAACUCACACAGACAAGCUGAACACCCAGGUGGCUUUGCAUCAGCUUUACCAGUACGCCAGCAAAUACUAUGAUGGGAUCAUCGCGUCUCUGGAGGAGGACCCGGCGGCCCAGAGUAAGCAGCUGACCCUGCGUCUGCAGCAAAUCGCCGCCGCGCUGGAGAACAAGGUCACCGACCUCUAGGGGCCUGCACCCGCACCAGAACCCACCGGAACCCACCGGAACCCACGCCGGAACCAGGAACACGAGAGAGAGAGAGAGAGAGGAAGAGAGGAAGAGAGAAAGAUGAGAGGGAGCAAUGUGCUGCCCUCUGCCUGAAGACAUAGAGACUUCUGUGGCCUUGGGGGCAGAGCUGCCUCCCUUGGGUAACCAGGUUGGCAUGGAGGCUGUACGGUGGACACUAGACCGGCAUUUAGCCCUCUGUCUCUCUCUCCGACCCUGGGUUGCCCGCCAUGUACCCCCGCUCCACACAAUCCCCUGGACUCUCAAAAGAGCGGGUGGGGGUGGAUUUUCCCCCAAGGAGGUACGCAAACAAAACUAGGAUCCCCCCCACCCCCCCUUUUUUCUCCCUGAAUGAGAGGAGCUGCUCGCGUGACGGUACAUGACAAAGAAAUGAAACGACCUCCAUUUUGUUCCGAUUUUUGUUCAAAUAUCCACAGCAGUUAUCAGAUGUUCAAUUUUCUUCCUGCAUAGAGCGAGAUAAAUGAUUAGAAUUUUAUGUAAAUAUAUUUUUUACGCUGAUAGGGUAUGUGUCUGAGUGUGUGUGUGUGUGUGUGUGUGUAUGUGUGUGUGUAAGUAGCCUACAUACAUAAAUAUAUAUAAUUGGUUUGAUUGAUGAUUAUUUUUUAUAAUCAACAGCCUCUGAGCCUGUUGACCUUUUUAAAAGCACAUGACGGUGUGGGACGGAACUCUGCCAAAGUGUCCCUGCUGGUUCGUGGGUGUCCCGGACGUCCUGUCGAAUUAAUCAAUGAGUCAACCCCCCUCCCCCUGGUCCUGUAGUCGAUCUGAUGGUGUUGCGUUUUGUAUGUGAAAUUAUGUCAAAAUAACGCCGUUUAGUGUGCCAACUAGCCAAUGAUACCCCCAAUGCUUUUACUUUUGGUUUGAAAAAAUACCAGUUCUCUUUUCAGUUUUAAUUUUUUUUUAAAUCAAAUAUUGGAGCUAUAAUGCGGUGAUUGUUGUCUUAAUAUAAGUGUCUAUCAUGGAUGGAGAGUCACUAUAGCAGAAGUGCUGGUCCCAGCUUACUUUCAUCUAGGUCUUCAUGACCUUAAGACCAACGCUCAAGGUCGCAUGUGUGUGUGUGUGUGUGUGUGUGUGUGUGUGUGUUCACCUCUCUCUCUGUCAUUCAGCGGUGAACACUCUCUGACCAAGUGUUGGAGUGUAAGUGGUGUGAUUGAGCGAUGGUUCCUACGGUGGAGCAUGACGGUGAAAUCACCUGAUUAAGAUUCCGUCCAGGGAGCUGAUAUUUUGUCUAAAGUGCCGACAUCACAGCAAGCGUAUUGCAUUUUUAUAUACGUACGUGUAUGCAUACUGUCUUUUUGUUUUCUAACCACUCACUGCGAGACAUUGAUCUGCCUUAUUUCUUCAACCAACAGCAAAUAUAGGCUUGUUUACAGUCGUGUUUUGGAAAUCACUAAUGACACAUAUAAUUGAAAAUAUCCUUUUUUGAAUAUUGACUUGAGACCACUUGAUUGUGUCAAAUAAAAAAAAAACCUACUUCAAACAUG